UUCAGCAUGGGGAGCUGGGGGGUGUUGGUGCUGUUGCUUUCCUGGGUCACUUAUCUUACAGGCCAAAAUGCUCCUCCAAAUACUGUGUUCUAUCAGUGCAACAGAACAUCUAUAGGUAUGGCUGUUAAAAGUGAUCCCUUAAACAACAGAAUCUUGUUGGAUCCUGGAAGCCUGACCUUGGGGAAGUGUCCUGUCUCCAGUACCACUGCACUACAAGGCUUCUUGGUGUUUGAGUACAGUCUCCAUAUUUGUGGGUUCUCCAGGAUGACCUCUGGCAAUACUGUGACUUUCUUUACGGAAUUGGUUUACAGGCCUAAUGCUGCCCCAAAUGUGUUUUCCCGGCCUUUUCAACAGCAGAUCACCUGCAUAUCGGAUAUUUCAUUCAACCCUACACCUAUCGAAACUACAGUGAUGGUGCAAGUAUUUGGAGUAGGGCAACUUAGCUUUUCGUUCCAGUUCAUGAAUGAUGGCUUCACAGCACCUUUAGAUGUAAAACAAUUCUUUCUUGGCUCUCCAAUUUUCUUGUCUAUAUCUGUGAACACGGGCAAUCACUUGCCUCUGCAGCUCUUCGUGGAUGAAUGCAUUGUUGCUGCUACAGAAGUCCUUAGUAAUUCAGCUCAAUAUGUCUUGAUCAACAAUCAUGGGUGUUUUGUAGAUGGUAAAGUAGCUUCUUCAAGGUUUGUGGAGCCUCCUCUGCUGGAUACGGUCAAGCUUGCAUUCCCAGCUAUGAAAUUUGUAGGUGCCAAUGACAAGAUCUACAUUCACUUCAAGCUGAUGGUUUGGGAUCCUAAAGCUGCAAAUGGACUGAAGAUGUGCUCCUAUCUAAGCGACGUUGACAGAUGGCAGCUUUUGGGCAAUCCACGAAGUGACCUCUGCAGCUGCUGUGAUUCCAUCUGUAGGCUAUCUUCCAGAAGGAGGAGAGAUGCUGCAGAUACCAGUGAUUCUGGAAUUCUUCAUACGAUGGUUCUGGGGCCAUUCACAGUAAAUAGUCCACCUGUUAAUGGAAGCUCAAACUCCAGUAAUGAUUCAAAGACACUGGACACUGCAUCAGUCUUCCCAAUACCGCCUGCUGUUGGAGCACUCUUCCUGGAGCUGAUGGUCCUUCUGCUGUUGUCUUUGGGGGUUGCUAUAUAUGGCCGUGCAGCCAACCAGGAAUCUGAAGAGCUUGAAAAGCACUUGCUUGUUACUCAUGAAAACUAA